CUCAGCGCCAGAGAGCUUUGCCACGUGCAUCCCUGUGGCUCCGUCCCAUCGUAGUCAGGAGGAGGUGAGCGACUUUCCUGUCUUCGGAGAAAAGCCUCCGCUUCGUGGAUGCCGAGUCUGACGGCAUACUCGUCUCGCCGCCUGGCGCCAAAGCUCACCGACCGAUUCGACGCAGCUGCCCUCGGGCUCUCCUCUUUAUGUGGCUGGUGCGUUGGAUCAUGGCCAGUUGAAAGGUGAGGGGCUGGAGGCUUGCCUCUCUUGCGCUUCAGACGGGGCGUGCGCUUCAGAACUUUGGACAGUGGCGGGCUGUCGGGCUCAGGCGGUGCAGAUCCCACGAUGGAACUGAGGAAGUGUGAGGGGAGAGGCUUUCGGGAGCGGGGUGAGGUUGACCGUUGAGUUCGAACAGAUAUGGAUGGCUUGGUUCGCCGACGAGAGGAGGGCAGCGCCAUGGUAGGGGAGGGACGGGCCAAAAAGAAGUCGAGAUGAUCGCAAUUUGGGGGAACCGACCGGCCUUCCCUCCCCCCGAAUACCGACCAACGAGCCUUGUCUGAGCUGCACUGCCUUCUGUCUGACCCUCUCUGCCUGCCACCUACCUUGCCUGUGAUCCGUCCGUUGUCUGUGCCUUAAACUUCUUGGGUCCUCUUUCCCAGCCCCAGCCAGCGCCAUCCAUGAUGAAGUUGACCCCCGUGCUCCUGGUGUCACUGGGCCUGUUCAUCUCCACCCCCCUCUCUGCAUUCAUGCUCGACGCCGACCAGCCUGACGCGCCGGGCGGGCAGGCACAAGUCGACUGGGGUACGUCACGUCACCGACGAUUCGUCAGUGCAAACGUGCAUCUCCUUGCUGUUUUGCGGGCUGCAGGCGACACCGAUGCCAAUACAACCGAUGCCGGCGCCGCUGGCGAAGAAGAGAGAGUGUCUGUGGGUGCCGCUGAGGGGGACGUCGCUGAAGGGCCGGCAGUCCACAGCGAGAUAUGUCACGAGCUUUCUGUCGACUCCAGCAGCAGCCGCACCAAGAGCAUGCUCAACGGCAUUGCUCAGCUCUCCAACGAUUUCAACGAAGACGAUAUCGUCAGAUACACACACGGUCAGCCGCGUCCGGCGGAGUCGACGGACAUACUGACCGACCGAUAGAUAAACCACUGCCCGAGGCGCACCUAUGUGUGUUGUGGCAUGCAUGCCUGUCUGUCUGUAUGGGUGCACUGCAGUGUGGAAUGGCCUGCAGGCGAAUGAGAAGGCCAAGUUGAAGGCCGAGGAUGAAAUCAAAAACAAGACAAUGGAGGAGACCAAAACCAUGAGCGGAUUCGGUACACACACACACACACACACUGCGUCACAAUACCUUCCUUACAUGUCGUCUCUUGUCGUCCAUAUUGCUUUGGGCGUCAGAGAAUGUGCUGCAGCAGCUGGGCACCCUCCUUGGCGGCGGCAAGCCGGCGAGCGCCCAGGCGUCCCUCGCGCAGCUGCGUCGCGUCGACCACAGCCACACGGACACCCCGAUGGGCCGUGCUCUGGCUGCGAUGAGCAGGCCUUCGCUCAGACGGUUGACGGCCUGA